AUGGCUUCGGCUUCGUCGAGCACAAGCGUGCGGGAACGGUUCGUAGCACGAAUCCCCUCUCGGUCUGGCUCCAUCUCAUCUAGACUUCAUAGCAGCCCCUACUCAGCUCAGACCAACGCGUCCUACACCGACUUCUCUCCUACUACCAAUGCCACGGCAUUCUCUCCGGAGAUGCCUCAUUUCCGGAAAGGCGAUGAACUCUUCCGCCUCAUCCACUCCGCUUCUCCUCUUCACCACACCACCACCACACCACAGACACCAGUCCUCUCCGGAGUCAGUCCACAUGUCCUUCCCGUCGCGCAGCAGGAUUGUGUCGUUACUGUGCUCCUGUCUUUGAGACUCGCCGAGGAGCCUCACUUCUGGAUAGGACGUAGAAGCCAGUGUUCCUUUCUUCGCGACCAGCCUCGCUUCGCGACAGCCUCAUCGCUCUCAAGACAUCCCCAGGUUCUUUCACCAAGAUGGCUACAGAGGUAUCCUCCACCCGGCUCUACCUGGAUUCCUUCUUUCGCGAGGGUGAAGACCAGGGCUCGGGCUGGCUUCGGGGACCCACAGGACACGAAGACUGUUCUUGCUCGUCCCGUACAGAUACAGCGUUAUUCAUCAAGCAAAACUCUUGAAGUACCUUCGCAUGGCGGCGAAGAGACACCUUGCGACGCAACAGCUCCCCAGACCUGCCAGGCCGGCGAUCUGGGUGGGAAACAUGGCAACAUCACCAGCGGCUCCUUCCACGCCGCCUACACGGACCUGUACGUCUCGCUCGUGCCGGGCCUGGGCUCCUUCUUCGGCAAUCGCAGCGCCGUCGUGCACUCUGCGAAGAAGAUGUGCAAGAAAUACUCGAGACCGCUUUUGUUCUCAGCAAACCCCCUCUUCCUUUCUUUCUUCAGUCCCUGA